AUGGACAUCGAAGGUGAGCAAGGAACCAGCCACCAUCCGAUAGCUGAACACGAUAAGAUGGCCGAAUUACCAUCCAGCCAGUCGGCUGAAGCUCUCCGUCUGCGGAACCUUGACGCCCAGGUGCGUGAUCAGGAUGACCUGGAACGAGACAUCGGCCGGGAGGCAGAUCGGCUCUUGUUUGAGCAAGCCCAUCAACGAGACCAGCAGCGACUCGAGAAAUCCGAGGCACAAAAGGAGAAGUUGCAGAAUCAGAUCAAAAAGACCAGAGAUGACAUGCUUCGCCCCAUUGGAACUACUCAGCGAGCACGUUUGCGCCUCGAUAUUGACCGCAUGCAGAGUCAAAUACAGGACCUGGAUAAUGAUAUUGCUGAAAUCAAGGAGAGAAUGAAGGAUCGAGAGAAUAACGCAGGGAUGGCAGGUCAACAUGACGCGUUGGCCGCAGGACGCUUGCCGAACGAAACUCAGCGUGACUAUCUGAUCAGGAUUGGCAAAAUCACUCCCUUCUCUAAAUUUGGCCUGACAACUCAUGGAGAAUCCUCGACUACUUUGCAGGGAGCUCUUCUCGAUGCUGAGGAAGAACCUGAUCUUCCUGCCGAUGUCGAACCUCGUGAAGAAGGCGCAAAGUCGAUGUCUCACCGGAAUUUGAGACAGCCUGGCUUUGCCACUGGUUUCACUGAUUCAAGCACGGAAGACGACAUUCAAGCCGAUCAGCCACGAAAGCGGAGACGUCUCAUCAAUCAAUUGCCCACAAAGGACGAAGACUCAUCGUCUUAUGACGAUGGUGAAGUCGAAGACCAGGUCUAUUCGGAAUCUGAAGAUGAAUCUGAUGACCAAAUGCCGACGACCUCGGGAAAACGACAGAGAAAGAGUCGAAAAACGGUUGCUCACGUCGAGGAUGAGAUCGAAGACUUUCGUGGGGUCGACGAUGGCAACGAAUCUGUCUAUAAGUCCAGGUUGCAGAAGUGGGCCGUGCGGAGACGGAGAGCUCGUAGGCAUGCAAUGCGAAAUACUGCGGGAAAUGGUCAUGAACAGGGUGAAACAGAGGAGGAGGAUGCAGAGACUCUCGCAGAGGAAGAAGCAUAUCUCCCACAUCCUGAAAUACCAGACACUCUUUUUGAUGACGGCUACAAGCUUCCGGGAGACAUCUUUCCCAGCUUGUUCGAUUAUCAAAAAACUGGGGUGCAAUGGCUCUAUGAGCUGUACACCCAACAAGUUGGAGGAAUUAUCGGCGAUGAGAUGGGCUUAGGCAAGACGAUCCAGAUCAUCGCCUUCCUCGCCGGCCUGCACUACAGCAAGAAGCUGGACAAGCCCAUCAUUGUCGUCUGCCCAGCUACCGUCAUGAAACAAUGGGUCAACGAAUUUCAUCGCUGGUGGCCCCCUUUUCGAGUCACUAUUCUGCAUUCCUCCGGCAGCGGUAUGGUCAACUUGCGGAACGAAUCCAGCAAAGAAGACAGACUGUUGGAUAUUGAAUGGGAUCCAACUCGGAGACAACAACCACUCAACGCGGCCCAGAAGGCCGCUCGAAAAGUCCUACGGCCAAUUUUAGAGGAAGGAGGUGUGCUCGUGACAACAUACUCUGGUCUACAGACUUACGCUCCUCUAUUAAUCCCAGUCGACUGGCAGUAUGCUAUCCUGGAUGAAGGACACAAAAUUCGAAAUCCAAACACUGCCAUCACCAUCUACUGCAAAGAGUUACGCACUCCGAACCGAAUCAUUCUAUCCGGGACGCCUAUGCAGAAUAAUCUCAUUGAGUUGUGGUCUCUCUUUGACUUUGUGUUCCCAAUGCGAUUGGGCACUUUGGUCAAUUUUCGCAACCAGUUCGAGAUACCAAUUCGACAAGGUGGAUACGCAAAUGCGUCCAACUUACAGGUCCAGACCGCCUUCAAAUGCGCAGAAACACUCAAAGAUGCGAUUAGUCCAUACUUGUUGCAACGUUUCAAGAUCGAUGUUGCCUCAGAUUUGCCCAAAAAAAGCGAACAGGUUUUGUUUUGCAAGCUGACGCCUUUGCAGCGCGAUGAAUAUAAGAGAUUCAUUGGCUCGGGUGAGAUGGAUGCAAUUAUGAAUGGCAAGCGUCAAGUUCUCUACGGGGUCGAUAUCCUGCGUAAAAUCUGCAACCACCCAGAUCUGACCGAUCACAAGCGUCUGUCGAUCAAAGCGGGAUAUAACUAUGGCGACCCCUCCAAGUCUGGCAAAAUGAAGGUUGUUGGCUCGCUCCUAGAACUGUGGAAGGAAACUGGUCACAAGACACUUCUGUUCGCUCAGCAUCGCAUCAUGCUUGACAUUUUGGAGAAGUAUGUAAGAUCGCUUUCAGGUUUCAAGUACAGGCGUAUGGACGGAAACACGCCUAUCCAACUUCGACAAAGCAUGGUUGACGAGUUCAACACGGACCCAGGCCUGCAUGUCUUUCUCUUAACAACCAAGGUCGGCGGACUCGGGAUAAAUCUGACAGGUGCAGACAGAGUCAUUAUCUACGAUCCUGAUUGGAACCCUUCAACCGAUCUGCAAGCCCGAGAAAGAGCCUGGCGACUGGGACAGAAACGCGAAGUAGCUAUUUACCGUCUCAUGACUGCAGGUACCAUCGAAGAGAAGAUCUAUCAUCGCCAGAUAUUCAAGCAAUUCCUGACGAACAAGAUUCUCAAGGAUCCGAAACAGCGGCAGACAUUCCAUCUGAGUGAUCUGCAUGAUCUCUUCAGUCUAGGGAAUGAAGGAGAACCAACCGAAACAAGCAUCCUGUUUAAGGAUGCACAGGUCCAGCAUCCUUCUACCUCGCCCGAUGCUCCCGCCACCAGUAGCAUGACCAACAAAAGCGAGCCAACAAGCAUCGCAGGUGACACCACGAUCGGGGCUUUGCCAGGUAUAUCUUCCAUGGAGCAAUAUGUCGGAGAAAUUGAGGAAGAGGAGCAGGCAAACAAGGAGGGUGCCAACAACUCCGAAGACAAGAUGAUGGAAGGCAUCUUUUCGCGAGCAGGUAUUCACUCAGCGGUAGAGCAUGAUGCAAUUAUCGACGGAAAAUCUGGAAAGAGGGUCGCAGCUGAUCCGGUUUUGGUUGAGCACGAGGCACGAAAGGUGGCUGCCGAAGCGGCCAGAGAAUUGCGACGUGCUGGUGAGGUUGCUCGUACGGUUCCCAUCGGGACACCCACCUGGACCGGACAGUUUGGUAUUUCUGGCCGUCCUCAAGAGACGACGGCACAGAGAGCAUUCAGCUCCAAUACCCGGAACAGAGGUGGCGGAGUUCAAUCGUCCAGUCUCCUGGCAAACUUGCAGCAGCGCCAAGGACUUGCACCGAGCAGAGACAGCACUCCAAGAACAGCGAGUCCUGCCAGAUCGACAGACUCGACUGCUUCAGUUUCUAGAGGUGCAACACCGACUUUGCCUCAAGGCAAGGACUUUGGAAAACUCAUCCGGGAUUACCUCACCACCCAUGGUGGGAGUGUAUACACCCAGAUGCUGAUCGACCAUUUCAAUCGCUUCUGCACCACUCCUCAGGCGACGCUGGAGUUCAAGGAGACCUUGAAGCUGAUUGCCAAGCUGGAAAAGGGGAGCCGAGGGCGCGGACGCUGGGUGCUGAAGGAUGAAUAUAAGAAGUAG